UUUACAGGCACGAUUGAGGCCUAACGUUAGUUGUUACUCUCACUGUGUGCUACGUUCAGUUUGCUAAAUGAGAAGCAAUCCGAUGCCAAUGGAAGGGAUAACGCAACAAACGGAUCUUCUUCAACCAGAAUUACUCCCCAAGGAAACUUUAGUGAGCAUAUUAGAGCAGAGGCACAUCAAGCUAGAUGGGGAGCAGAGAGAAGACAAGGAUGUCCUUGUCCAAAUUUUCUUGCGUACGGUCACCCCACAACCGCAGAGACAACCAAGGUCAAAUAGAAGAGGUCAGAUCACAGCCAAGGUCAUCAAGAAGCUCAAUGUAAGAAGAAUUCGCUCCAAAUCAGAGUCAGAGAAAAGCUCUUCAAUAGAUAGCUCAAAACAACAGAAGAGAUCACAAGCAGGAGGGCUUCUCAUGUCCAUCGACCUACCUUUAACUGCAGGCAGUACCAGCCGACUAAAACCUCCACCAAUUGCUCUCAAUAAGACUAAAUCUAUCGUCAAACUCACCCCUGGGAAGACUUCUGAUAAAACAUCACCAUCCUCCAGUAGUCCUACGUCAGGAGUCAGAAAAUUAGUCAUUAGUCCUCCAUCUUCUUCCACCACUCCCAAAUCAACCAAACUCAAAGUUUUUAAUUCCUCUGCUGCUGCAAAAUCGAAUGAGACUCUUCCAAAAUCAGGAGAUACAGGAACUCUUGGACAUGUUUCUCUUAAAAGACCUUCAGUCGUUGAGAAUGGAGAGAAACCAAUGGAUACUUCAGAAGGAGCCCCUCCUAAACCGAAGAUCAAGAAGAUUUCAUGGCCGUAGUCAAAGUCUACCUUUUUCAAAAUCUAAUUUAUUGAUCAAUGCCUUUUAAAGUUAACUACUGUAUAUGAAAUGUGUUGAAACAGUAAAAGCUAUGUAUAUGAGUAUUUUUACAAUAGAGUCAUAUCUUAAUGAAUUUUUUUUUUCUUAAAUGAUAUGGACUGUAGAUAAUAUCUUAUUUUUAGGGGUUUAAUUUUUGCAACGACCUCAGUUAAAGCCUUAUAUGUAGGAUGUGGUAUGUAUCAUGAAAUGUAAAAUUCACUUUACAUUGACAAAAAUUUCUAGCGGAAAGUUGUUGGUUAUUGUGAGUGCUCAGAAUAUGAAUAAUGCCAAAAUCAUCAUCAUCAUCCAUUAAAGUACAGUCCACCAGGUUGGUGUAUCAUCGUGCUUGUAUGUAUCAUGUAUUAUACUUUGAGUAAACUGAGUCAUAUGGGGCAGCUACUAGCAUUUGCAUUAAAAAAAAACUCAGGUCUUUUAUAAUCCUUAACUCAUGAAAUAUUUCAUUCUAGUUUUCAUGCUUUUGUCAACCCCAAUUUAAUGGCAAAAUAAUUUCUGGUUGAUUAUUUGUUCUGACUCAAUACGUACCUUUAACAACUUUUCUUCAACAACUUUUAUCUCACUUAUUUUUUUCCAAUGGAAGUCAUUGGAGGCACAAUAUCAAUCAUGAAUGAUUUGAAAUAAAUUGCUUUUGAAAUGGUAAAAAAUAGUAAAAAUAAAGAUUUUUUUAUUUGGACCAGAAACAGAAUUUGCAUUAGAUUUGCACAUAUGCACCUUUUUGGGCCAUUUUAAAAAUAUUUUGAUUGUGUUGAUUUUAUUUUAUUUCUGCAUUCACAUCAGAGAUGAGUAUACAAUAUCCAAAGUUAAUAAGUUCAUAACAAAACAAUUAUACAAUGGUCAUAAUAUAAGCAAUUUAAAUAUCAACAAAAUGCAUUAUUAUAACAAAAUUAUCAUUAAGAGGAAUGCAGGAGACGAUCAUCGUUAAAAAAGAUGUACUAGUACUUGUAUUUCUUCAUUGAUCAAGUGGGUUCCUGAUCAAAACAAACUGAAUGCAUAGUAUAUAUCAUAGUAAAAACCCCUGGUCAAGCAUCGACUGCGUAGAAAAUUUUAUGAUUAUAAUCUUUUUUAGUAGCUUUCUAGUAUCCAAUUACUAAAUUUGUUAAAGUAAGUGCUCAAAUUGUUAAAGUAAGUGCUCAAAUUGUUAUUUUAAUUAAAAACAAAAACAUUGCUGAAAAAAAGAUCUAGAUGUCACAUUCAAUUCAAUUGGCGGAUGAGAAAAUGCCAAAUCUAAAUUCUGACAGAAAAACUGCUACACUUUUUUAUUAUUGGCAAGUUAUAUGACACUCUCAUUCACACUUCUUUACCAAAUCUUUAGACAGACUUUAAUGUCAAUACAUUGAUUUGUAGAGGCAAGUUUUGUUUUGUUUCUUCAUUCGCAUUGAUGUUUUACUUUAUAUACGAUGUGUAUACAAAGUAUCUUGCUCUGUUGCAUGUAGUGUGUAUUAAUGAAAAAUAAUACACAUGUUAUGUAUACAAACUGAAAUUCUCAUUUAUGUUUUAACUCAUUUUUAUGUUCGAAUGCAAUAUGUGUCAUCCUGAGAAAAUCAUUAUCAACAUAUAUAAAAAAAAGUUUGGGAAUGUUUUUUUUACGACGACAAAUUGAGGGUUUAUAUGAGUCAUAGAAUUUCAGUAAUGAUUAAAUUUUUAAAAGUAAAAUAAAUACUUUUCCCAGAACCAAACGUCAAAGAAAAGCUGAGGGUGACUUUUUAUUUCUGCAAAGUUCAGUGAAAAUCAUUCAAGGUAGUUUUAAGUGACCUUUGAUUUAUUUGUAUAAUUGACCUUCCUGAAGUUAGUAAGCUCAGGAUUGAUACCCUGCGUUCAGAUCAGUUCAUCUUGGAAAUAUAUAUGUUUCUGCUCUGGGAAAUCAAGGCCUGUAUAGUGAACUGGGAUUUGAUUCAGACUCUCGUCUCAAUUUUGAUUCAGACACUGGUCUCAAGUUGUGGUCAAACUAUAGAUAGCCAAAUGUAAUAGAAAUCUCUGACAGCAGUGAUUCAGUUUGUUUGCACAUUAUGUAUUGUAUUCAUUCCAAACUGGGAAUAACAACAAAAAUAUUUUCCCAGUAAAAAUAUGAGGAAAGAGCAAAACAAAUGCCCAAUGCAAAUAAUAAAAAUUUUGGAAUUUACUACUUUCUGUAAAUUUAAUAUGAACUUGUACCAUUUCAAAAAUUAAACUAGAUUUCAGAGUAACGGCCAGGGAAGUACGUUGUACAGAUAUAUAACAGAGAGUUUGGAUUUGAAAAAAAAAUGUGUAAAAGGUAAAGAUCCUGGUAGAGAUCACCUGUCUCCCAUAAUGAAAAUAAAAAGUGAUGUUUUUUAAACAAU